AUGAGGAGCCUGUUUGAUCCUUUGCUCAGCAGUGCAUUUUUCUCUGUUAAGGACAAUGGAUGCCCUUCAGAGUGCUGUAACCCCAGGAUGUUAACUAAAUGGCGUCAACUAGCAGAUGAUGUGGUGUUAACCCAGCAGCAGAUCUGCAAGCAGGAUGUGGUCAUGAGUGGAAAAGGGGCCCCAUUGACACUAACCCUCCUGGAUAACAUCACUGAUGAGGAACUGGAUAACUGUAAGUUCUUUCUUCCAGAUGAGUUUAAUAUUGCCACAGGCAAACUACACACUGGAAACAGCACAAGUAGCCAACUUGAUGAUUUAAAGUGCUGGCGUGGUGUCUGCAGUGAGGAAGACCGUAUUUUUCAGAAGUUGAAUUAUAUGCUUGUGGCAAAAUGUCUUCCGGAAGAGGAGGAAACGGGUAUAUGUGGGAGUCCCGCAUCUGCCCGGUCCCUUUCUCAGUUAAGACUUGGCCUUUCCUUUCAUGGCAUUUCUGGGAAUUAUUGA